GCCGCCGCAGUCCUUCUCUUGCAUUGUUUGUAAUUAACGGCCGGAAGGUGGUCGGGAGUUCCGUGUGACGACCGGGAGACGGCAUGUAUCUGUGAGUGCCGGGUGUAAUUUCCUCCGAGUUAUAGCGCAAUGGAGGCGUACGAAGAAUUUUGCAGAAAGCAGUUUGCCAGAAUUCAGGGAGAGGCAAUUUGCAGCGAUUCUGUGAAAUCCGGAGAACAUGGAGUAUCUGUUAUACAGUUUCAUGGUGUGGCUGUCCUUUCUCCACUGCUGACAGUGGAAAAAAGGCAAGAAAUGCAACAAUAUAAGAUAAAAGCUAUCGAGCUGGAUGAGAAGAGGCAGAACUGCAGAAAGACAUUCUUGCUUAACAGAGUCCAGGAGAUUUUGGAGACAGUCCAGGUAAAAAAGACCACAGGUAUGAAUGCUGUUCCUACUACUACAGAAGAGUUUACAGAUCAGGCUACAAAAGCCAAGAACAUGAAUGGGUUUGCACUUCUGCCUAAUGUUAUUAACGUACCAAUCAAGUCAGCAAAACACGGACCCGCAAAAUUUGAAAAGUCAUUGGAAGACUCAAAGGCAAACACAGAGGUUCUCAAAGAAGACUGUUUGGCUUUAAGACCAACAAAGAGCCCUAUGAUAAAUCAUGAGAAUGACGUACCCACUGAAGCUUCACAGCAUGACGGAACGGACCCAUUUGAAGCACCACCUCCCACUAAAGGAGCUCCUGAUCCGUACGUGAUGAGUCUUCAAAACCUUCUGAAAAAGUCCAGAGAGUACAUUGAAAAAGAGCAAAGCAGGCGUAACAUGAAGAGCUAUUCAAAGGGUAAUUGUAAUGAAAGCCACUCGGACAAAGAAAAUGAUACCAUUAAGAUAAGUGACUCUUUAAAAGAGAAAGCACGGAUUAUGAACAGAAGCCGAAGUUGUAGCCCUUUAAUGGUUGAUAAGCCUGCCCUUAACAAAUCCAAUACACUUCUUCAAGCUGCCUCUUGCCAAGGUGAGAGCAUGGGUUCUGCUGCUCUGUCAAGACCACCGGGAAUGGACAUCCCUUUAAAAUCAGGGACGAUUUCAAGUGUUGAUACCGAAUCUGAUGAAGAAUUAAAAAAGUCAUGUGUCAUCGAGUGUGAAAGCAGCUUUGUCAAAAGCCUCACCGGCUCUUAUGCUAAACUGCCCAGUCCAGAGCCAAGCUUAAGCCCUCAAAUGCAUCGAAGACGUCCUAGGCCCUUGUCAGCAGGACAUAUACUCAUUAAUAAUCCAAUAAAUGCCUAUGAGCUAAGCCCUAAAGGAAAAGAUGAAAUAGUGGUUUUGCCGGAGACAAAUGUGAAAUCGUAUUUGUCUGAUCCUAUGCCAACAAUUAAUGGACAUAAGAAAGACAAUUGUUCCAUCACAGGACGUUCCUUAAGUAAGAAUGAAAUUGUUGGCAGUCCAGAUUUGAGUAAAAGUUUUGAAAUUAGUGCUUUAAUCUGGAAUAACAAAGCUACCAGUUUUACAACUGUGACAGAUGUUUCACAGACUGAAAUCUGUAAAGAGACCCAUCUAAACAAUAGUGUUUGUGCUACAAAUAGAACAUCAUCUAAUCCUGACAUAGGGAGUCAGAAUGUGGACACUCCCGUUUUAAAAACAGAACAUGAACUUAAAUCAUCUGGGUCACCAGAAAUGGUUAAGCGGGUUUCGCCAGCGCAGCUUAAUAAAUCCUAUGAUGUAGAAACGCCUUCUCCAAUUUUAAUGCAAAGCCAAAGCACGACCCAAACCACAGACACCCCUUCCUCUUCGUUGAUAAGAGAGCAAUCUUAUGAGAAUAACUUUGACGUUAAACGCAGGCUUGAGCUGGAUUUGGACAGCACCCGAAAAGAUGUCUAUGUGCCUCCACCUUCAAGUGAUCAAGAGAAGAAGCUGCCUCAGGAAGAGAGGAACCACCUUGAGUCUUUCCACAUAAGGAAGAACGAUGCAUUGUCCAACAGUACCUUAGAUGACAACUUGAAAAAGAAAAUGCUGGCUUUUGAGCAAAUGAGAAAGAAACUUGAGGAGCAACAUGCACAGCAACUAUCUCUACUGAUUGCCGAACAGGAAAGAGAGCAAGAAAGAUUACAAAGGGAGUUUGAGGAAGAACGGAAAAGAUUAAGGUUCAAGAAAAUUGAUGUGCCUGGUUCGCCAGGAAUGCUUGAUGACAGUAAACAGAGACCUGAUAAGACAAACCGAGACGAAAGCAAUAUGUCAGAAAUUGAAACAAGCCACGUGGAACCAUAUCACGUUUACUCUUCUUAUAACACAAUGGCUGCCCCAUCACAACAAAGCUGUGGAUCGGCAAAUGAGCCCUCGGUUUCUCUGUGGAGACCAUCGCCAAGUGGAGCUCUGAAAAUCUCAACCCAGAGGUCUCUCAGCAGAGCAAGAACCAGAUGGUCCCAGGUUUACAGUCCAGCAAUGCAGAUAAAAUUAAACAAAGUCACAGCGCUAGCCAAGGGCUUUCUUACUCGGAGACUUAUGCAGACAGAGAAGCUCAAGAAUUUAAAGCAAACUGUAAAGGACACUGCAGAAUUUAUGAGGACCUUCCAAGCAGAUGGUCCAGUAAAAAGAGGGAUAGUGUCAGCCCAAGACGCCUUGUUGCGGGAAAGGGUCCUGGCACAGCUGCGAGCAGCAUUGUACGAAAUACAUGAUGUUUUCUUUGAAAUGGACAUUACAGAAAGAAUGAAUAUUCUUGCUCAUGACCGUGAAUUGAGGCGUGAGAAGCUGAUCAGGCAAAUGGAAAAGCUUAAGAGUCCUCGAGACCGGGUGACCCUUUCAUCGGCAACACAAAAAUCCUUGGAUAGGAAGAAGCUUACAAGGGUAGGUGAAACUGGGAUUUCAAAUAAAAAACUCCAAUCAAAGCCAAAGGCCUUGGAAACCAGAAUCCUUCAGCCAAAUCAAGGACAAAAUGCACCCAUCAAUAAGCUUCUUUGCAGACAGGGGAGCAUCUGCAAGAAGAAUCCAAAGAAAGAAGCCAAAUGUUGUGACAAUUUAAGAAGACAGCACUCUUUGGGAUAGAAAGAUGAAGCUAUAUUCUUCUUUUUGUAUUGUUAUUUAAAUAUGCCUUUUGCACUCCUUUGCACUGAAUGUGAAGUCACACAUUAGCAUGCAGCUAAUAUUCUGAUUUCUUGAUAUUUAAUUUUUGCAUGCUGGAAAACACCAAUUGAAACAUUUUCCCACAUAUUCCACAUCCUUCUACCAGUUUACAGUAACACAAAUAACUUUGUAUAGGGAUGGAGUCUGAAUACAAUAUUACUUUUGCAUGAAAAUACGUGCUGAGCGUUUAUCAGGAUGUUUCUGUUUUCUCUCUCCGUUGUCAUAGUUUGUACAGUCCUGAAAUAUGACAG